AUGUCUCGUUCGAAGAAACGUUCUAAAGGUGCUCAUCCGAAAAACAAAUCGAAGAGUUUCCGGAAAAAGGAGAAAGCCAUGGUUGAGAAGAGUUUGCAGCUAUUAAAUGAGCAUCUCCCCGUAUUCCGAGCUACAGCUCAGUUCAGCUUGCAAAAAGAAGAAACUCCCAACUAUUCUGAGGAGAUACCAGUUGAUAAACCGGAUCCUGUGCAGUCUGUUCCGAUCGAAAAGUUCCCUGAACGGUUGUUAGAUGAAACUACUGAAGCCCUUUCCGCCUUCACCUGCCCCACUUCCCCAAAUCAUCGAUGCACGAAGCUGUGGCAGCUACAACAAAUGUACGACAAGUACGCGGUUAUUACAGUUGACGAUGGACAUGAUGAUGACGAUGAUGAUGAUGACGAUGAUGAUGAUGAUGGUGAUGAUGAUGAUGGUAAACUCCCUCACUCAACGCAGAAACCGUGGAUUGUUAUGUCUAGCGUAAAGGAUGAUAUCCCAGCGGAUUCGAUCAACUACACUAUCAGUCGUGACAAACUUGUCUAUUCACUAGGUACAUGCGAUCUCACGCAUCUGUUUGCCACACGGAAUGAAAUCCCAGUAAGCCAGGCUCAAAUGGAGGUUCGGGUUAAGGAGUUGUGUCAGUUUCCUGGUUCACUUGGACUUGGAUCUCACGCUGAGCCUGUCGCAUCAUCACGCGACACAGCCAAGUCAUGGUCGUCGUUACGAUCGCGACUGGGCUAA